UCGAGAGGGGCAGCCUGAUUUAUAUAAUACUGCUAGCUCACCGCUCGGAAGGCUGGGAAAGUCUAAUCUGUUUUCUUUUCUACUCUUGAAUUGCCCUACCCUGCCCUGAACUGCUCAUUCUAUUGACACGGACUUCGCCUUGUUGUCUGAUCAAGAUGCGGCUGCAAUUGGGCUCAGCCGCGGUGGCCUGGCUCGCGCUUGGCGGGGAGGCGGUGGCGUCUCAGGAAGAGGUGAAAUCAAACCGAGUUAGAAACAUUGCAAUCAUCGGAGCUGGAGCUGCCGGUUCUUCAGCUGCCUACCAUUUGCGACAGUAUGCAGAUGAAGCAGACGUCAAAGUCAACAUCACAAUCUUUGAGAAGACGGGCCGGAUUGGCGGCCGGACGCUGACCGUCAGCGCAUUUGAUGACCCGCUGCAGCAGAUUGAGCUAGGCGCGUCCAUCUUCGUGGCCGUCAACCACAUCCUCUACAACGGCACCAAGAACUUCAACCUGUCCAUCGGCUCCAACUACCGCGUGGCCAGCAGCCAGGACGACGUCACGGCCAUCUGGGACGGCGACAGCUUCGUCUACGAGACCACGGAUGGCACGUCCUGGUGGUGGGAUGCCGGCAAGCUCUGGUGGCGAUACGGCAUGAGCCCGUACCGAGCUGUCAAUCUGGUCAAGGAGGUGGUGGGCAAGUUCCUGAAGCUGUAUGAGCAGCCGUAUUUCCCGUUUCGGUCGCUGACGGCCAGGGCGUACGAGCUGGGGUUGGUGAAGAUUACAGCUGUGACGGGGGAGCAGUUUCUGGCCCAGAAUAAGAUUGAUGAAACGUUUUCGAGACACAUUAUUCAGGCGGCCACGAGGGUCAAUUAUGCCUCCAACCUGGCGUAUCUUCAUGGACUGGAGACCAUGGUCUCCUUUGCUACAGAUGGUGCCAUGUCUGUGGAUGGUGGCAACUGGCGCAUCUUUGAUCAUAUGGUCAAGACCAGCGGUGCUGCCGUCCUCCACAAUACCGCCGUCUCUUCCAUUGGGUUCGCCAAAGACAAGACUUCAUCCUCAGCUCCUAAGUAUGAGAUUUCAACUAGAUCAGCUGCCGGCGAACCAGAAGUUGUUGAGACAGCAUUCGACGAUGUAAUCAUUGCAUCUCCUUGGCAAUUCAGCAACAUUGAAGCUGGCGAGGGCGUCAUCAAGCAUCACAUUGAAGAAAUCCCUUACACCAAGCUCCAUGUCACGCUCUUUGCCUCUCCCUUCAAACUGCACCCCGAUUUCUUUGGGCUGCCACCAGGAACCAAGGCUCCAAGCAACGUCUACACGACUCUCGCCGAGGGUGAGGAGCCGAAAGAGGGAGCCGAAGGCGUUGGCAAGACUGGCUUCUACUCAGUCAGCACACUCAGGAUGGCAGUCAACCCAAAGACGAACAAGACCGAGUUUGUGUAUAAGAUCUUUUCGCCCAAGCCCGUGACCCCGCAGUUUUUGUCGGAUCUCCUUGGCGUCCAAGUGCCUGACACGUUUACGGCUACGACGGAGGAGAACGGGGGCGGAUCCAGCCAGAACAGCGGUGUGGACCCGAUCUCGUGGUAUUACCCGCACUGGUUUUACUCCUACCCAAUUGAGCUCCCGCGGGUGACCUUCCAGGACCCGAUCCUAGGCAGUGGGCUCUACUACACAUCUGGUAUUGAGAGCUUCAUCUCGACAAUGGAGACGAGCGCCUUGAUGGGGAUGAAUGUGGCGAGGCUCAUUGUGGAUGAUGCGGCGGGCAUUUCUCGGGCCGCUGUUCCCGGCGCUAAUGACGAACUCAUUGUUCUGCGCUGUAGAAGCUUAUUCAUGGAUACAACAUCACUCAUACGGGUUUCCCGUCACGCUCGUUUUCGUAAUGAAGAGGAGAUGGCGUAA